GUUAUACCAUUUAGAAGAAUUUAAGUUUUAAGAUUAGCUUUAGUCAUAAUGAAAGGUCAUUAUUUCCUUGUAGCUUUUGCCUUCUUGGCCUUGGCUUCCUCUUUGGCCUCAGCCUAUGACCCAAGCCCUCUCCAGGAUAUCUGUGUAGCCAUCAAUGACACCAAGACUGGAAUAUUUGUGAAUGGGAAGUUCUGCAAGGACCCAAAGCUUGCCACAGCAGAGGAUUUCUUCUUCUCAGGGCUUAACGUCCCAAGAAACACGACAAAUCCUGUUGGAUCAGUUGUGACUCCAGUAAAUGUUGAUCAAAUACUAGGCCUAAACACUCUUGGCAUAUCCUUGGUACGUAUUGACUAUGCACCAUACGGAGGGCAAAACCCACCUCACAUUCAUCCUCGCGGCACAGAGAUCCUAGUAGUCCUGGAGGGCACACUCUAUGUUGGUUUUGUUACCUCCAACCCUGAUAAUCGCCUCAUAUCCAAGGUCCUUUAUCCGGGAGAUGUUUUCGUCUUCCCAAUUGGCCUCAUUCACUUCCAGCAAAAUGUAGGAAAGACUAAUGCUGUUGCCUUUGCUGGUUUGAGCAGUCAAAAUCCUGGAGUGAUCACGAUAGCAAAUGCUGUUUUUGGAUCCAAUCCACCCAUCAAUCCUGAUGUUCUUACCAGGGCUUUCCAGCUUGACAAUAAUGUGGUGAAGUAUCUCCAAUCUCGUUUCUGGUGGAAGAACAAAUAGGGAAAGGCUUGAAAUAUAGCCAUGGAGUAGCAGCUUGUUUGCAAUCUCCUCCUCAUCAGUGAAAUCAUCUACUGUAAUCAGAAUAUACUAAUAAAGAGGGUGCUUUAUGUAGCUAUCUUUGUGAUAGAUGAAAGUUGAUCAUUUUCUUUUGAAUUAUAAAGUUGCAGCUUGUUGGGUGUUGA